CUUCUGAAGAGUUUCAAUACUCUACUAGAAAACGUUCCAUUGUCAACAAAACGUGAAAUCCUUGGUAGGAAACAGUUUCCAGAACAGUUGUCAGUGUUAUGUCAAAACAUAGCUCAAGUCGGUGAUUAUGAGGUGCAAGUAUGCAUCAUUGAAUUCAUAUUCCGACUUGUGCCAAAGAGCAUGAGGACAGAGUAUAUGAAGAAAGUUCUGGAUGACAGUCAGCAGUGGUUAGAAUUUCUUGACAUCAGUGACAGCAGAUUUGAAAUUGACUGCAGACGUUUUCUGAACAAGCUGAAUAAAGAAAACACGUGUCCUAUGACCAGGGUUACCUCUUAUCCAGCUGAAAUUGUAAGCAUCGAUGGAGUUAAGCUCUAUAAACCUAAUGAUAGUGGAUAUGAUGACUUCUGGGUAGACUUGAACCAAGGGAGCAGGCGUAUAGGCAUAUUUUGUGAGCCGAACUUCUUGUCAAGUCAGCAAAGCCAUAACUCAGAGCAGCUGUGGGAGACUGUAUCUAUCUGGGCUCAAGAUGUGAAGCGAUAUUCCUGUUCAGCUCAAGGCACGUCUUGGAAAGCCCUAAUAGAGCUGAAAGUUGGAGCUGAAAUGAUAAGCAAUAAGGAACCUGAUAACCUGGCACAUCUAGUCACAAUUGUUGUAGCUCAUAGUUACAACUUUAAAGCAGCAUUAGAGGAUGUUCUCAAAAUACAUCACAAGGCUUCAUCUGUGGAUACCCCAGUCCGUAUUGUGCAGAAACAUGACUUGCCAGUCAGCAGUUCCACAUCAAGGUCAGAAUGUACACAUCCUUGUGUAGCACAGAAUUUAUCACAGAAACCAAAAGAUAGGAAUGUGUCAACUGUUACGAGAUCCAAGAUCUCUGUUCCCUUAGAACCUAUGACUACACCUGCCAGCUCUAUUGUCACCAGCAGCUCUGAGCAUCCCACUUUGUGGCAUGAAAUACAGGAAAGGCAAAGGUUGCAGAAGGAACAUCUGGGAAAGAUGCUGGAUAGACCUGGAAAUGCAGGAAAUGACGACAACAUGGGUGUUGUUGAACUGUGUGAUAGAGUACAGAAAGAUAAGAGGCAUACUGUGCGAGUGUCUGACACAGCUAACGUUACAUGUUUCACCAACUCAGAGAUUUGCUGGGAGUCUAAAAAGAAAGCUAAUGAUAGAAGCUCUGCUCAGAUGAAGAAUACUGAAUCUAAUAAAAGCACAAAUACUAGUGCUGACAAAGACAAUAGAGCAGAUAAUUCCAUUACAGAAACUCAGGUAAAGAUAGGUGGGAUUGAACAUUCUACAGACAGGGCGUCUUGCAGAAGUAGGUCACAAGCAAAAGUCAAGGCCAGUGAGAAAUGUACGGACAUGACACAGCACUACUUGGAUGCUAGAGCUAGUGAUGCUCUUGAAGAUGUGGUCAACACUGAGGUGACAGCAAGUGCUGAUAUCUUCUCCCUUCAAGCUUCUCCAGCAAAACACAGUGCUACGGUGUCUUCAGAAUGUGGAACAGAUAAAAUAGAUAACAAGCAGAUGCAACAGAAAUGCAGUAAGGCAAGUGCUGGGGAGCAAAGUAAGGAAUCAUGUGAUGGUGUUUGCAGUGCAACUACGGAGACCCAGCUUGCAAAGAUACCAGCUAGAUCCCUCAGAUCCAGAAAGAGGACAUGCACAGAUAAUGUCUCAGCCAAGCUAGAUGUCGAAAUAUCCCAAAGUGAUUCAAACCCUUCACAACUGGAUGUUAUACCAGGCACUCUUCCAGGAGCUAAGAGACCAGAUACAAGGCAGCUUCGAGGAAACAGGAACAUUCAGAAAAAGAAGAAAACUGAUGGUGACAUAUGUGAGGAUGAAAUCAUCAAGUCAUCCUUUGCAAGUAUUCCAGAAG